AUGGAGAAGGAGAAGGACAAGCGCAGCCUGUACGAUGAGGCCCUCGACCGGUUCCGCAAGGACGCUGCCGAGCGUCACUCUAGUUCUAAGGACCUAGAACUGCUCAACGAGUUCCUGCAUGAAAGGGCCACCCCUGAAGAGACCAAGACAGCCGCCGAGGCGCUCCAGGGCGAUGCCGGCAAGAAGUAUGGAAGCCGCAAACUGGGCGAUGUCGAGAUCCCCGAGUCCUGGAUCGCCAACAUCUUGGGCAACAUUGAAAACUUUGUUGCCGCGGGCGACUUCCUGACAAAAAAUGCACCCGAGAGCGUUGGGAUGGCGUGGUAUGCGAUCAAGCUCACGUUGACGGCUAUCCACAGCAACUAUGAUCUCUACACAUUUUUCGGCUCCGGCCUGAGUGACAUCAGCGAGAUCAUGAUCAUCGUGCGCCAUUACGACAGGCUGUACGAUGAGCGGUCUAAGCCGCAGUGGAAGCCCAGCCCGCUAGUCGAGAAGCUCUUCCAGGACGUCAUUGGGGCCUACGCCGCCGUGCUAGAGUUCUCCUUUGCCAUCAAGCGGCACUUGACCGCGGGCAGUCUGACGAGAAUUAAGCACGGGUUCAAGGAUUUCUUUGGGUUGUCCAAGGCUAAGUUCGAGGACAAGCUUGGCGCCGUUGCGUCGUUCAAGAAGAAGAUUUUGGAGGAGAGUCAGGGCGCGUUCCAAGACAAGACACUCACCCACCUCGAUAACGUGUCUACGGUUCUGGCUGGGAUUGAAGGGACGGUCCGCAAUAUCCAGGACUUUCAGGACACACAAAAGAAGCUUCACGAGGACGCCAUGGCCAAGUUCGAAGUGCUCAUCAAGGGUCUCGACGAUAUCAAGGCGUCAACCAAGCGAAAAACGCAGUGGGACUACGCCGUUCAAGAUUUCCAAGCUUUCCAGGAGGUCUUAAGCCCAUUGGAAGGCUCUUUUAAGGUAUUAGGUGACAGAAUUGACGACAUUUACCCGGGUACUUGUGAAUGGGUUCUGGAGGAAAUCUCCUAUACGCAGUGGGGUGAUGCGCCCGAGGGCAAAAUCCUUUGCGUUACCGGCCCCGAAGGCUCCGGAAAAUCAUACGUGGUAGCGUCCAUCGCAGACCGCAUCACGCGUGCGGCCGGCCCGGAAGAAGCCCUUUUCUACGUCGCGUGCACCGGGUCAGCCGGUGACGGGCAUCUCGGCAACACCCAAUCGUACACAGCGGACGCCAUCUGCCGCACAUUUCUGUCGCAGCUCUACGAGCUAGCCGUCCAAGGAGAAGACCACGUGGGUCUACUCGAAUCGUGCAACGCUGUAUUCAAGAAAGCGAAAGGAAAAAUACAACUGGGAGGGCGUAUGCGUUCCGAGAGCGAUUCACUUCCGGAAUUUUCUGAGGGGUUUGCUCAGCUUGCGUCCCUGCUAAAAAAGAAGACGGUUCUCGUUCUUGACGGCGUGGACAAGACCGUGAUCAGCGACAAGGAUCAGGAGGAGCUUUUGCGCAAGCUGCGGGGCCUUCUCGACGCCGUCUCUGGCGACACAAGCGGGACUGAUGUCCGGAUUCUCAUCGGUUGUGCCUCGUCGACAAAACUCUUCAGUGAUCUUGAUCUCCAGCCCUACCAGUACCUCGAUGUUCAGCUCAGCAAUCGGCGGGAUAUCGAAGUAGUACUAAAGAAUGCCUUGAAGGACGUUCCGGGUCUGUCCUCCGCGGAACAGGAGGCAGCAAAGGAGGCCAUUCUCGAGAAAGCGCGGUCCCGGUUCUCCUACGUGCAAGACACUGCCAUCCCGUUCAUGCGCGAACCGUUCCAACGUCCACUUUCCACCCGCCUGGAGGCGCUGCCUGAGGGAAUUGACGACGUGUAUGGGAAGGCGCUGGGCAAGAUGAGCCCCAACUACCUCGGUCUGCUCCGCACGGCACUCACCUGGACCCUUUUAGCGCCGGUUUUCCCAGGACUGCCUCAUGCGAGGGAGAUCAUGGACGGGUUUCAGGGCACCUACGACAUCCCCCCAGAGUCAGAGACAUUGGACGGGAUCGAGGCCGAGUUUCCCGUUACCUCCCGACUAGAGCUAGACCAGCUGCGUGGUGCCACGGACCCGUUCUUGAAACUGUUCCCCGAGCAGAAUGGGCGCGUGUGGGUGUACGAGAGUGAUGCGGUAGCCGUCACGGAGUAUUUCAUCCGGUCCGGCGAGUGGAUUGCGGCCGAGGAGAAGAAGCGCGAACACGAGCACCUGUGUUCCAAGUGCGGGACCACUGCGUCGUCCCCGGCCUCUUUGUACAUCGACCCCAAGGUGUCCCACCUCCAAAUGGCCUUGACGUGUUUGCGGCACUUGAACCAUCCUUUUUUCCAGCACCGGGCGGGUUUGGUCUUGCCCACACAAGCUGUGAAAAGGGAGGAAGAGGUGGCCAGUGAAAGCACAGUGACCCCCUCGUCGGAGACAGAGGACGCCGGUGUUAGCUCCACGGAAGCCGAAGCUACUAUGACGACAGAGAACGACGGCGCGUCGGACUCGGGUGGCCCAACCGUGGAUGAACAGCUGCAAGAGGCCCAAGACGGAUACACCACCGAAGGCUCGCUCGACGACGAGGACGUCGAAGGUCCAACUGCCUUAGAACUUGCGACUGCCAGAUCGGACGAAGGAGAGGACAACGAGCAGGACGAUGAUGACGACACCCGCAACACACGAAUCAGGUACGAGUUGCAAUACUGGCCCUGGCACGUACAGCAGGCCGAAGCAUUGUGGCCGGUCGAGGAGCGAGAAAACAACAGCGAUUGGGCAGCGCUGAUCGGCGAGCUGGACAAGUUUGUGUUUGAGACGCCCGCAGUGUUUGAUGCGUGGCAAAGGCAAUACCCCGCGAGAAAAGACGAAUACGACCUUUUCCAGAUUGCGAACGGGCCCCAUAAGCCCCUGCACGUGGCCGCGUUCCUUGGGCUUACGACUUGGACUCGGCAUUUGCUCGAUCGUGGUGAGGAAUUAGAAGGACUUUCAGGGGGUUACAGCCCGUUGCAGGCCGCGGCAUGCUCCGGAGGCUCGCUUGAUGUCCUCAAACUGCUCUUGGAAGCGGGCGCCGAUGUGAACGCUGAGCACGAAGCUGAGCGCAGCGCAUUUAAGCACUGGCUGAUCAAGAGCGACAUCACAUUGGAAGGGGUCAAGUUGAUGCUCGACCAUGGAGCAGACCCCAAGGCCGCCUGCACCCGUGUGCAUUACAACGCACUCCAAUACUUUGCCUUUUCUAACCGCGGAGAGGACCCCGCAAUCCUGGACCUCUUCAUGGACCACGGUGUCGACAUCGACGCCGUGCACCCGCUGGACGGAUGGCGACUGCCGGCGCUUCACAUGUUGUUGAUGCGCCGGGAGGUGCCAAAGCCGCUGCUCGAGGCAUUUGUCAGGCACAACGCAGACACCAACUCGGAGAAUGCGGCUUCAGCACGGCCGCUGCAGAUUGUCUGCACCAACGGCCAGGUGGAGAUUCUCAAGAUCCUGCUCCAGUCCGAGGUCCUCGAGAUCGACGACACUGACAUGCACGGCACGACGUCGAUCCACGAGGCUGCCUUUUACGGCUACAGCAAGUGCGUGCAAGCACUACUGGAGCAUGGCGCAGACCCGGACAUCGCUGACAAAAUCAACCGUAUCGCGCUUCACACCGCGGCCCGGAAGGGGCUGUCAGGCACUGUCAAGGUGCUGCUCCAGUACACGAAGCAGAUCAACCAGCUCGACCACAGCGGAUGGUCCCCUUUCUUCUGCGCGUGUCUUAGCAAUGACGAGGAAUCCGCCGUUCUCAUCCUCGACGCCCUCAUUGCGCACAACAUCCCGCUUUCCGAAAUCAUCCUUCCGACCCGUUCCGGUCGCACCGCGGUACGUCAGGCAGCCGACCACGGCUUCACCCGGGUUCUCGCCAAACUGUUCGACCUAGCCGCCUCCUCCUCUUCGUCCCCAUCACCCGAGCCGGCCCCCAGCCUCCCUUACCUAAACGCCCCCGACACCAAACAUGGCGUGACACCGCUUCACCGUGCGGCUCUCCAUGGCCACGCCUCCUCCGUAACGGCCCUUCUCACCGCUGGCGCAGACCCUUCCCCGCUCGACGCCCACGGCCGCACGCCUUUAGCCCUCGCCCACGAGCAGUGGUCCAUCGCGACCAAGAAGACAGAAGCCUAUGAGCCCGUUCUUGCGGCCUUGAUCACUGCAGACCCCUCUGCGGCCCGUGCGGAUGCCGAUCUGGCCGCCGUGUGCGCCGCUAACGGCAGCGUAUCACUGCUAGCACAGCUUGGCCGGCUCGGUGUGGAUCUGAACAGGCCGGACCGGUUCGGCUGGACGCCACUGGCACUGGCCCAGCAGUUCGGUCGGGUUGAGGCCGAGACGUUCUUGAAGCGGCCCGCGGCAUGGGGCGGCUUGUUACCUCGGGGGUGGGGCCGAAACUGGCCGGCCGUCGCCGGGAGUGCGCGGGACAGUGUGGUUGUUGUUGGAAGAAGCACACGCAUCGUGCACACCACUGGAAAGCGCGUCUGCGUCUCAGCGGACCGACCGCUCCCUUCCGGGCUGGAAAAGUACUACUUCGAAGUCACACUCCAGGACCUCCCCAACCCAACCGCACAAACCACACCCGCACCGACAUACCCCGAAAUGGCCAUCGGCUUCUGCACCUUAGGUGGCGCGGCGCUAGAAUUCCCCGGCUGGUGGGCAACGCCCGACAGUACCAACACCGCACGCUCAUGGGGGUACCACUCCGACACGGGCGGUGUCUACUCCUCGACGUCUGACCGGGGUAACCCCAGCGCAUUUGUUGACGUCGAGUACGACGACCAAAAAUACCGCGUCGGCGAUACCGUGGGGGCAGGGGUGGAUUUGGCCCGCGGAGAGAUGUGGUUUACACGGAACGGCGUGCGGCUCGAGGCUGUGGUGACUGGUGUUGAGGGCCGACUGUUCCCUGUUGUGGGAUUGCAUGAGGGGAUUUGUUUUGAUACGAAUUUUGGAGGAGAAGGGGAUGCGGAGUUUCGGUGGAAGGGUGAGCUGCCGGUGGAGGGAAAGGGGGCGAGUAAUGUGGUUGAGGUCGUUGUGCGUGGGGGGAAGGGAGAUGCAGAGAAGGAUGGUGAUGUGCAGGUUGUGAGUGCGGAGGUCGUGGUGAGUGAGGGUUGA